AUGACAUCUAAGACAUCGUCGCCUCUUUUUUUCCCAGAAUCAUCAUCUUCAGCUCCUCGGGAAAAUGACGCACUUGAAUCGGAAAAUUCAAUUCCUAAGGCGUUGAUACAAUCAAAUAUUUCAUCUCCAUUGCUUUAUACGUCUCCUUCAAGCAAAAAAACAUCAUUACAUUCAUCUGCAGCGUAUAGUUAUCCAUCAAAUAGAGAUGGCUCUGAAAGGCCAUUAUUUGUUUCUACUACGCCUCGUUCAAUGCCUCGUGGAGAUAUUCAUCCUCGUUAUAUCUUAUCAACACCUCUUCCAUAUACUGCGGAAACACAAAGCAGCCAGUUAACAUCGGAUGUACAGAUGAUGAGUACGUUUGAUCCGGUGUCUGAAAAUACAGGUGAAAUGGUCCGUGUUAUUUGGGGAACAAAUGUUUCUAUUCAAGAAAGCAUAAAUACGUUCAAAGCAUUUCUUAAACAAUUUAGAAAAAAGUAUCGAAUGGCAUUUAAUGGCGAAAUGAAUGUAGAUGCCAGUGGGGAUACGUUGUUGUAUGCUAAUAUGUUGAAACAAAUGUAUGAUCUGGAUCUUACUAAUUUGAAUCUUGAUGCACAAGAUUUAGAGUGUUAUCCACCUACUAAGAAGCUGCAUCAUCAAUUGCAAGCGUAUCCUCAAGAAAUUAUACCUAUUAUGGAUCAAACAAUUAAAGAAUAUAUGCAUGAUAUGUUGAUAGAUAGUCGUGCAAAUGAGACAGAAAUUUCAAAGGUAGAAAAUAAUAUUUAUAAAGUGAGGCCUUUUGGCCUUUCCAAGACGACAAAUAUACGAGAUUUGAAUCCCAAUGAUAUUGAUAAGUUGGUAAGUAUUAAAGGCCUGGUUAUUCGUGUUAGCACUAUUAUUCCGGAUAUGAAACAAGCAUUUUUUCGAUGUGAUGUUUGUUAUCAUACAGUAACUGUUGAGAUUGAUAGGGGAAGAAUAUCUGAACCAACACGUUGUCCUAGGGAAAUAUGUUCUUCUGACAAUUCUAUGCAAAUUGUUCAUAAUAGAUCGGAAUUUGCUGAUAAACAAAUUAUAAAACUUCAAGAAACUCCUGAUACGGUACCAGAUGGACAGACUCCUCAUUCUGUUUCUUUAUGUGUUUAUGAUGAAUUAGUGGAUUUUGCAAGAGCUGGCGAUAGGAUAAAGGUAACAGGUAUCUUUCGUUCUGUUCCUGUUCGUAUAAAUCCACGUCAAAGAACUAUUAAAUCUCUUUUUAAAACAUAUUUUGAUGUUGUUCAUAUUCAGAAAAUAGAUAAGAGGAGAAUUGGCAUAGAUCCUUCUAUUCUUCAGACAGAAAUUUCUGAAUCUAUCUCUAUAAAUACUGAAAUUCGUAAAUUUACAGAAGAAGAGGAGGAAAAAAUAAAAAAAUUAGCAAGAAAUCCUGAUUUAUACUCUAUUUUAACAAAGUCUAUUGCUCCUAGUAUUUAUGAAAUGGAUGAUGUCAAAAAGGGAGUAUUACUUCAGCUUUUUGGGGGUUCAAAUAAGGAAUUUCUUAAAGGGGAAGCUCCACGGUUUAGAGGAGAGAUUAAUAUAUUAUUAUGUGGAGAUCCAUCUACUUCUAAAUCACAGUUUUUGCAGUACGUUCAUAAAAUUUCUCCUCGAGGGGUUUAUACAAGUGGCAAAGGAAGUUCUGCAGUUGGUUUAACUGCUUAUGUUACUCGUGAUCAAGAUACAAAACAAUUGGUUUUAGAAAGUGGUGCCUUGGUUCUUUCUGAUGGAGGGAUAUGUUGUAUUGAUGAAUUUGAUAAAAUGUCGGAUUCAACUAGAUCAGUUUUGCAUGAAGUAAUGGAACAACAAACUAUUUCUAUUGCAAAAGCGGGGAUAAUUACUACUCUUAAUGCGAGAACGUCUAUUUUAGCAUCUGCAAAUCCUAUUGGAAGUAAAUAUAAUCCAGAUUUAUCUGUUCCUCAGAACAUUGAUCUUCCUCCUACUUUAUUGAGUCGUUUUGAUUUAGUUUAUCUAAUUUUAGAUAAAAUAGAUGAGUCUAAUGAUAGACGUUUAGCACGUCAUCUUGUUGAAAUGUAUAUGGAAGAUCGAAUAAACGAAGAUAAGGGUUCUUUGGUUCCAUUUGAAUUUUUAACUUCAUAUAUUUCUUAUGCAAAGCAAAAUAUUCAACCAGUAUUAACUAAUGAAGCUGCAGAUGAGUUAGUAAGGACGUAUAUUGAAAUGAGAAAGUUAGGUGAAGAUGUUAAAGCAUCUGAGAGGAGAAUUACUGCAACAACUAGGCAAUUGGAGAGUAUGAUUCGUUUAAGUGAAGCUCAUGCGAAAAUGAGGCUAAGCAAUGAGGUCCUUUUGGAAGACGUACAAGAGGCUACUCGUCUUAUGCGAUCUGCUAUUAAAGAUUAUGCUACAGAUGCAUCAGGAAAAAUAGAUAUGGAUCUUAUCUAUACUGGAGAAGGGAUUGCUCAACGUCGUGCUAGAGGUGAUCUUAAAUGCGAAUUGCUCAAAUUAUUAGAAGAAAUGACUGCGAAUGGGCUGUCUGUUAAAUUUACUGAUCUUUUUAAGAAGUUUAGCGAGCAAAGUACAGUAGAAAUUAAUUUAAAUGAUUUUAAUGAGGCAUUGCGAUCUUUUGAGGCCAAUGAUUCUAUUCAGAUUCUUGGUGAAGGCUCUAAACGUAUUUUUCGUAAGAUUUCGUAA